GGCUCAGCAAAUACCACACGGUCAUGUUCGAACGCAUACCGUGGGUCUUCCUCGCAGUCCUCGGACUCUUGGUGAUCGUCCAGGCUGGUAUUUUCAAGAGGAACUCCGAGACACGCACCUGUGGUUACGAUGGAUGCCCGAAGACUGAUCCGAGAAAACUUAAUGUGCAUUUGGUCCCUCACACACACGAUGAUGUCGGAUGGUUGAAAACUGUUGAUCAAUAUUUCUUUGGAGCACGAAAUAACAUCCAAAAGGCAGGAGUGGAGUACAUCCUGGAUACAGUAGUGGAAGCACUGAGAAAGGAUCCCGAGAGGAGAUUCAUCUACGUGGAGACAGCAUUCCUGUGGAAGUGGUGGCUACGGCAGAACUAUAAAAUCCGAGAGGAGGUGAAAACAUUCAUCAAUGAGGGUAGACUGGAGAUAAUCGGAGGAGCUUGGAGUAUGAAUGACGAGGCGACGACGCACUAUCACUCUAUCAUAGAUCAGUCGACUUGGGGAUUUAGGCGUUUGAACGAUACGUUCGGACAAUGCGCUCGGCCGAAGAUCGGAUGGCAGAUCGAUCCGUUCGGUCAUUCCCGAGAGCAAGCCUCUCUUUUUGCUCAAUUUGGAUUUGAUGGAAUGUUCUUCGGACGUCUCGAUUGGCAGGACAAGGCAAAACGAAUGCUCGAUAAAUCUGCGGAGUACAUAUGGAGAGCGAGUUCUAGUCUAGGUAAAAACGCUGAGCUAUUUUCAGUCGCUCUUUUUAAUGCCUAUGGACCACCCCCUGGAUUCUGUUUCGAUAUUCUCUGCCAGGACGAUCCACUGAUCGAUGAUCCAGAGAGUCCUGAUUACAAUAUCAAGUCGAAGGUAGCUCUGUUCUUGGCUUUCUGUCAGGUUCAGGCCAGAUCCUAUGCGACAAAUAAUGUCAUUCUCACGAUGGGAGAAGAUUUUAAUUACCAGGACGCCCAUAUGUGGUUUACUAAUUUAGAUAAAUUGAUCAGGUAUACGAACGAGAUCUACGGUGACGAUGUGAACGUCUUCUACUCAACGCCCUCCUGUUACCUGAAAUCCGUGAAUUCCGCUCAGAAGACAUUCCCCACGAAAUCGGAUGAUCUAUUCCCUUAUAGUAGCGAUCCGCACGCUUUCUGGACCGGUUACUUCACAUCCCGCCCAACGCUCAAGUACUUCGAGCGUCUCGGCAAUAAUUUCCUGCAGAUCGUCAAACAGCUCUCGGUGCUGACGUCAGCAGGUGACAGCCAAGACCUAGAAUAUUUCCGUGAGGCGAUGGGAGUGAUGCAGCAUCACGACGCAGUCACCGGCACAGAAAAACAACACGUGGCAGAGGAUUACGCGCGUCUCCUGACUGACGCAAUCGUCAGGGCGGAGAAGACGGUAUCGAAGGCAAUUGGAAAAUUGUCAACAAGGGACAAGGCCUCAAUUCCGCAAGACUUCAGAUCCUGUCUUCUCUUGAACGUGAGCUCCUGCCAACCGAUCGAAGACGCCAAGAGCUUCACCGUGACACUUUACAAUCCCCGAAGCCAUCCGGUGUCAACGUACGUCAGGAUCCCAGUGGCUGGUCCCGGUUACAUCGUUAAGGACUACAUAGGAACCGAAAUAGUCACCCAAUUAAUUCCGAUUCCUUCGGCAGUCUCUCGGGCCCCUGGCCGAUUUAGCAAAGCCACUCGAGAGCUUGUGUUCAGGGCCCUGGAAGUGCCUCCCCUGGGCUACCAGACCUUUUUCAUCACUGAGAAAAACAACAGCGAGGGCUACGACGAGAUUAAUCGCCCCGAAUACGUAACCUCCAUUGGCGGAGACCUUUAUGAUAUCUCUGUGGACAACGUCGGUGCCGUCCACGUUCGAUGGAAGAACAUCGAUCUGAAAGUCGUCCAGUCAUUCCAGUAUUACGAAGGAGCCAAGGGAAACAACUCAGAGUUCAAAAACCGGGCGUCUGGUGCUUACAUUUUCAGACCGAACUCUUCAGGAAUUCAUUCCUUCGAUUAUUCUGGAUCUUACAUGUUCUAUAAAGGACCCCUCGUCGAAGAGCUACACCUCAUCAUCAAUAGCUACGUCAGUCAGGUUGUGAGGAUUUACAACGGAGAGGAUAAGAUCGAGUUUGAUUGGGUGGCAGGACCUAUUCCUGUGGAGGAUGGAGUUGGAAAAGAGAUCGUCAACAAAUUCUCGAGUAAUUUGGAAUCGAAGGGGGUGUUUUUCACGGACAGUAAUGGCAGGGAGAUGCUGAAGAGGGUGAGAGAUUUCAGGCCAACGUGGAGUCUUAAUUUGAGUGAACCUGUUGCUGGGAAUUAUUAUCCGGUCACUGCCAAGAUCUCGUUGAGGGAUGUGGAGAAGGGGGUGAGGAUGAGUGUUUUAAAUGAUAGGGCACAGGGGGGCAGUAGCUUGAGGGAUGGAGACCUUGAAGUGAUGAUUCACAGACGAUUGCUAAAUGAUGAUGCCUUCGGGGUGGGGGAGGCACUCAAUGAACAGGCAUUUGGUAAGGGCCUCGUCGCCAGGGGAGUGCACUAUCUCGUUGCCAGUGAUUUGAAGGACUUGGAUGCCACUGCAUCCAAGGAGAAGUCCCUGGCACUCGCUCUUGCCCUGAGGCCUUGGGUAUUAGUUACUCCUGCUAAAAAUAUGAGCUUCAGCCAGUGGCAGAAAAGCUACGUCAUGCAGACGAGGGGAUUACGCAAGAGACUGCCCCCUAAUGUUCAUAUUCUCACCCUUGAACCCUGGAAGGGUCAACAGGUACUUCUCAGAUUAGAGCAUCUUUAUGAGAUCGGAGAAGCUGGACAGCUGUCACAGCCUGCUGAAGUCAAUAUAACGGAUCUCUUCGCGGAUUUUGAUGUCGCUUGGGUCAGGGAGACCACCCUGGGGGCCAAUCAGUGGAUCGAGGACAAGUCGAGGCUCGAGUGGACUAGUGAGACUAAUGAAAUUUUUCCGAAUUCUCAGGGGCUCAAUAAUGGGGUCAGACUCCAGGAUGGAGUUGUCAAUGUUGUGCUCAAACCCAUGGAAAUUCGAACAUUUGUCAUUAAAUUCAAAUCUUCUACGAAAAAAUGAUUAAAAGAAAUGGAAAAUGUGGGGUUUAUUUUUACGUAUUUCAUACGAUUUCUUAAUCGUAAUGUGUAAUUGAAAUACUCAAUGUUUGGGUGGAGUCAAUAAAAUUUUUUUGGAGAAAAGUGUAA